CGCGACACGGGUCCUCGAGCGGACCUUUCACAAUGGUUGUACCUGGUUUAAUCUGCAGUUAAGACUUCGUCGUUCAGAACGGAAGCCACGCUCGCUUCCGUGCCAUUACCAAGAUAGAGGCAGCGGCAUGAACGCACGAGAUUGGUUAAGAAGCGCCAUACGCAGAGUGUCGCGCGAUCUCGAACGAUUCGAAGUAAAGAUCGCGGCCGACGAUCGCACGAAAACGCAGUGCGUGCGACUCUAGUGUGAUACAAAAGAAGACAAAAGUGAAGAGAAAUCGAUCGAGGACGGAAGACAAGGGGGGACAGUGACGAGAUAUUACGCGAGAUUGGGCGUGCAAGGUGUAAUCGAAUCCUGUGUGUGAAAACUGUGAACUGUGAGAGAAGAGUGGUGGGGUGAGCAAAGGUGAAAGGAAGGAGGAGAAAAAAAGGAUCGACCAUGGAGAUCGACGACGUGCACGGUGCAUCGAGUCGUUCUCGUAAUUCCGAUACAAUCGAGUCGAAGAAAGUUGAAUCCACGAUUGAAUCCACAUCUCUCCUUCUCGAUUCGAGGAAGUGAGUCUGUGAUCGCGCUCCUUCGUUCUUUCCCAGAAUCAUGAAUCGUAUCAGGGGUCGUAGACAGGUGGAAUAUCGCGCGAGGGACGCAAAAGUUUAAGGAGAGAGGAACUUGAUGAAAAUGGACUCGACGAAGCUGGGCGGGCCAGCCCCAACCAGCCCUAGGGCACACUCGCCGGCCGUGCCGGCUUACGCCUCCACCACGGCGGAUGGAAACAUCGAUUACAUAAUAGGGGACUACAUGGAGAGGCUGGGGACGAGGUUGAACACGUUGGAGAACGAGUUGAGGUACGCGUGGAGGGCGUUGGAUCUGCUCAGCCAGGAAUACAUCAAGAUGUGGGAGAGGUUGGAGAAGCUGGAGGGCCUCCUUUACGAGCAACAAACGGUGAUCAGCCAAUUGAUCGAGUUCUACGCGAGCGGAGGGAGCCACGAGACAACGAGCAACGUGGCGGUCGAGGAGACGUUGGCCAAUCAACAGAGCACGGUGGGCGAAUUGGACGCGAUCGCGAAGAGCAUAGGCGCCACGAUGGGCAUAGAGGAAACGAAUGCGAUUAGGGAGAAAUUGGCACAACAGGAGAUCGCUAGGAUGCACGGGCUAACGCAGGACAGCUCGACUGCCGCGGCUGUAGUUACAGACAUGCACAGGAACGUGAGGAACUUGGAUACUCUGGAGACUCUCGCCGAAGAGAGUAACAUUCCAGACGAGGCGUUCUACAGGAGUCUGAACAACGCUUACAGGGAGGACUUGAUCUGCGGCGACACGUCAAGACCCACGUCGCAGCUCGGCAUGAUAUGGGAGGAGGCAGAGGACGAGGACGUGAACGGGAAGAAGGAGAUGGAGUCGAGCAUGUUCGAGAAGACUGUCGCCGCAAAGGAGAAGGAGCUCGAGUGCGAGUUGACCGCGAAACCGAGCAAGGAGGAGAUUCAGGAGGCGGUGACGAAGAAAGAGGACGAGGCGGACGAGGACGAGGGCGAGGUGUUCAGCGCGGCCGAUUACAAGAGUUAUCGUGGGAACACGCCUUGCGUGAGCGAGCAAGAUCUGGCCCAGCUGUCCAGAUUGAGCUCGAUCGACCAAGUUGCCCUGGAGAAAUUGCACGAACUGGACAGGUUGACCAACAAAUUACAAAAGGAUUCCCAGAAUCUGAUGGAGCUUCAAUCGAAACUGAUGGACUCCCCGAAGAGGCAGUACAGUUCCGAGGCCGAGGCAAAAUUGGCCGAGGAGGCGAGCAGCAUAGACGAGCAAUUGAGAAAAAUCUAUGCCGAAACGGACGUCGACAGCUGGACGUUCUCGAAGAGUCCCGGAUCGACGGGUCGAUCCAUAUCUCGAGUCAGCACUGACAGUGGUCUAGCGACCGACGGCGACUUCACGACCAGGUCAAUUUCUCCAAGACUGACCUCCACUUCCAGAUCUAACCUGGAUUCACUCUCGAGCGCCUAUACACCGCCCAGACUAGGUAGCUACACGUCCACGGUGCGCGAGAAGAGUCCGGAGCCGGUGAUCCAGCUGCCCAUAGACGUAGGCAGCUUUGCCAAAGGCUACGCGGAAAACAAGGAGCUGACCGAUCUGAUGGUCGAGAGUUUCGCGGCUGUCACCUGUGCCUCGCCCACCAUCUACAGCACCACCACGGACAAAGUUGCCUCGCCCACCCAUUCGGCCGGAAGUGUGCACAGCGUGCACAGCGUGCACAGUGUGCAGAGCCUUCGAACCAGGCAAGACGGCUAUUUCGGCAGCGCCGCCCGUCUCAAUCUCGAGUUUCAAGAGAGCAGAACGCCCCCGAGCCCGUCGCCGAGCUCGCCGCCUCCACCGGCCCCCCGAGAUUCGGCCGAGCCUUUCCUCAUGCCGGGCCCCGACCAAAGGGAGACGGACGCGAAACGAUCCCAAAGCCCCACGUUCCUGAGAAGCGCGGACAAAUUGGUCUCUGUAGAGCAGGGUCGCCUAAGCCCGCGAACUCCUCACUCGCCUAAAUCGCCGCGAGUCUCGCCCAAGCACACGGCCAAGCCGAGCGUUGCCAACAUAGUCGCGGCCAAGUCCGAUUCCGGCCUAUCUUCCAUGAGCGGAUGGAGCAGUUUGGACAAAUCGCCGAGCUCGCCGAAGAGCUCGAUCGCUAAGAUGCUCACCUCGUAUUCCAUGGAUCACGCGAGAUCUUUGAUUCCAACCACGACCGCGGUGAGGUCCGCAAGCCCCAUCCCCCCGCUUCCUGAGACCACUACCACCGCAACGAUCAUCACCCAGGAACCAUUGUACGACACACCCGAGGGAAGGGACGCCACCGCCGCCGUCACCUUCACCGUCACCAGCCAUUCUUACACGGUGGCCAUGAACCAUUUAUCAGGUUACACGUCGAUCAAGACUACCCCCUCGACCACGAAGGAGGAGUACGGGUUCGUGUUGCCUCAAGCGGCCAUCGCGACCACCUGUCAGAGCCCGAAGAAACGAGGUCGGCAACAGGCGUUGCAGCACACGUACGACACCGUGCCGCCCGGAACGACGAUCGACUACGUUUACAGGUCGGAACAGCCGGCCAUUUAUUCCGUGGCGGGUAGCAAUCGGCAACAGGCGAUCACGAGCGUGUACACGAGCAGCGCGGGUGGUUACGGGCCGAAGACGACAACCGCUUACGGAUGGAUGGAUCAGUUGAAUAGCUACGACAAUUACACCACUGUCCAGUACACGGAAUCGAGCGCCGCGGUUUCGGCCCACCUGAAGAAACCGUUGAGGGGCACAGCAUCCACGGACGCUGGUAUGACGAACCACGAAGGUUACAAAGCCGCUAUGUAUCGCACCAUGUUUCCAACGGGGAACAUCACCGACGCGCUCUCUUAUUAUCCCACGAGCGCGAAUCUGCCGCGGACGGAGACGAACGAAGCUUCGUGGUUGAACUCGAUGGAGGAUCAGAUACCGCACGACUCGACCUCCUCCAGCAUCAGAUCGUUGACCUCGGACGGUAGCUACGCCCAGAGUCCGUAUACGGACAGAAGGUAUCCCCAACCACCAGCGUAUCAAGCCCACCAAUAUCACCACACGUACGCUAAUCAGAAUUAUCCGCAAGCUUAUCAGCAACAAUAUCAGCCGUACAGUCAACGAUUGACCAGCACCGAAAGCGCACAACUAGCGGACGGAUACCAGAGACAAUGGCAACGGGAACACCAGUAUAUACAGGAUCACGAGGCCGCGAGAAUACCUAUCGAUCAAGGCCAACAUCAACAGACCGAGUAUUACGAUCCAUCGAGCGUGAUAGUGUCCCAGUCCGGAUACAUAAGCAUCGCGUCGAACUUAAAGGAUCACGAGAUCGAGACUGCGAAGGUUAAUAAGAAGAUAAGGCGUGGCUCGUCGUUGAAAAACGCGAUGAGUUCGAUGAGCAAUUGGUUGCCAGACUUGCACUUGAGCAAGAGGCACAGGAGUCAUUCGUUGCCAGGUGGGGUAAGGAGAGAGGAUUUGGACAUGUCCCAGGAGCAGCAACAGCAACAGCAACAGCAGCAGCAGCAGCAGCAGCAAAGACUUCCUGGUGAGACAGGAGGCGUGGGCAGAGGUCGUGGCAGGGGUCAAGCGGCAAGGAAAAAGAAGAAACACACGUUGGUAUCCACCGUGUCCGGAAUCCUCCAGAAGGCCAAGAGACGAAGCCAUCAAUCGCAGUCUCUAUCCGAUCCUGAACAGUCUGAAACGGAAUGGAGCAGCGGCAGGCAGAGUGGCCUGUCCGAAGACGAGGACAGCGUAAUGUCGGACGUGAACCAGGAGCCUCCGUUUUUCGCCAAAGUGAAGACGGCCAGCACGAAACGAAAACAGGUGUCCCAACCGAUUCCUCAACAGCAACAACCGAUCCCCCAAUCGUUACCUCAGCAGCAAAAAGAUUAUAUGCAGCAGCAACAGCAGCAGCAACAACAACAACAGCAGCAACAACAACAACAAAAUCUGCAGCAACAGCAGCAAGCCCUUCAACAACAGAUUCAGCAGCAUCAGGAGCAGUUACAGCAGCAAGCUCUCCAAGAUAGUUGGGGGAAGGAGAAGGAUCAGAAAAAGGAGAUGGAGCACGAGAUUGGCGAACAGAUCAGCGGUUUCGAGGAAGAGACGUCGGGGAAGAGUACGGGUUCCGGUUCGGGUGGCUCGUCCAUAUUCCAAACUGUGGGAGAUAUCAAACGAUCGACCGGCAGCUCUGACGAGGCCCCUAACGAAAAAGCCCCGAAACUUCCCCCUGUGACGUUGAUGGGCGGCGCAAGCAUGGAAUUCGCUGUAUCCAGGGCACUGGGAAAGUAUCGUCAGAGACAAUCCUCGACAGUGUCCGACGAACAACCACCGAGCGAGGAAGGUAGCACGGAGAAGAAAUCCGACGAAGGCACCGUCCAGACUCUCGAGACGAGUUUCGAGUAUCCCGAGGACAUGUCGGAAAAGAGCGAGAAGAGCGAGAAAUCUAGCAGCACGAGGUUGCCGGAAUUGGUGACCAGCAUAUCGGAGGAAGCUCCACCGUCGGAAGGGAGCCCAUCCGCGUCGAGCACGAGGGGUCAAACCCCGGCUGGUAGCCGAUUCCUACCGCGACAUCAACAAUCCCUCGAGAUUCCGUGGACCGGCUCGAGACAGGGCGAAUUGGACGAGGAUAACCGAAGUACGCAUUCCUAUCGAAGCACGUCGAGGGUUUCGUCCAGGCGGCAAAGUACGGAGGAUUCGAUCGACUCCGAGGACGAGUGGUAUAGAUACGAGUUGAGAAAGCUGGAAGAGCUCGAGAGACAAUCGCAAAUAGAGAUAGAAAUGGGCGAGGUGCUGGUCGAAGAGCCUGAAGAAGUUGAACACUAUCAACCGGACGAGACGGUGAAGGAGAAGAUGUCGUUCGUGCUGAAAGAAUUAAAGUUGAAAGCCAGUAGCAAGGUGAAGGAGGAAAAGGUAAAGGAGGAGAAAGAAGAUCUGCGAACGAGUAAAAUGAACGGGACGGUGGCGAAGGAUCGUCGAGUCGAGGACAAGUAUCGAGACGAGAAACCGAUUCCAAAACGAAAAUCCGCUGAGAGUAUCGAGGCGGUGUUUGCAAGAGUCACCGAUUAUCAUACUUGGGCGCAUGAGGAGGAAGCCAAGAAAGAGAAACCGGCCAUGGAAGAGGGCUCUUCUGGAGAAACCUCUGGUCCUGAUAGUCCGGUCCAAUCGAUGGACGAGGAGGAAGAGGAAGAAUUGCCGAAAGAUAUCGACGAGCAACCGUCGAGGCGAAGUUCCAGCGGCUCGACUUUUCGACACGGAGAAAAGAUCCAUUCUGGUUCCGAACCGAUAUCUCGCGAGGGUAGCGUGAGUGUACCGCCUAGCGAGGUCUCUGUUAGCAUUCCAGGUGCUUGGGAUUCGGAGAGCACUGUUCUUGAAGGUUUGGAGCGAGACGGUGCUGGUAGCGCUGAAACAGCUACUACGGCGACUUUGAGUCUGCCUAAGAUUAAAAUCGAUUCUUCGUCGUGCGGCAGUUCCGACACGACAUUGAAGGAGGGCCAGGUAAGUCCUGGUCCACCUGGGUCGAAAUGGAAAUUGCUGAAAGCGUUGAAGGAGCGAAAGGCGGAGGAGAAGAUGAAGGAGGUCGAGGAGGCCUCCAAGGAGACCACCAUUUCUCAGGGACCCACGGCAAACGGGAGCGGAACUGGAGGCGAAUCCGGUGGACGGGGCAACGGGCAUCCGGGGGACAAUCCUUUCUACAGCAACAUCGACAGUAUGCCGGACAUUCGGCCGCGCCGAAAAUCGGUGCCAUUGGUCUCCGAGCUGGUACUAAAAACAAUGGCGGCGACCAAGAGGAAUGCGGCUGGUCUAACCUCGGCAGUGCCAAGAGCGACCUUAAACGACGAGGAGCUGAAGAUGCACGUGUACAAGAAAACGCUGCAGGCGAUGAUCUACCCGAUCUCCUCGACCACCCCCCACAAAUUCGUCACAUGGACUGCCACGUCGCCUACUUACUGCUAUGAGUGCGAGGGCCUUCUUUGGGGUAUCGCCCGACAAGGGGUGCGGUGUACGGAAUGCGGUGUCAAGUGUCACGAAAAGUGCAAGGACCUGCUGAACGCGGAUUGCUUGCAAAGGGCGGCUGAGAAAAGCUCGAAGCACGGUGCCGAGGAUAAGGCGAACAGCAUUAUCACGGCGAUGAAGGAGAGAAUGAAGCAGAGAGAGCGAGAAAAGCCCGAGAUCUUCGAGCUGAUCCGGUCAGUCUUCGGGGUCGACGAGGAAGCACAUACGGGUCACAUGACGGCGGUGAAGCAGUCGGUUCUAGACGGUACCAGCAAGUGGUCCGCGAAGAUCGCCAUUACAGUGAUCUGCGCUCAAGGAUUGAUCGCGAAAGACAAGAGCGGCACAUCUGAUCCAUACGUGACGGUCCAAGUCGGCAAAGUGAAGAAGCGAACUAGGACCAUGCCGAGGGAAUUGAAUCCUGUUUGGCACGAGAAGUUCUACUUCGAAUGCCAUAACUCGUCCGACCGGAUAAAAGUGAGAGUGUGGGACGAGGACAACGAUUUGAAGUCGAAGCUACGGCAGAAACUGACGAGGGAGAGCGACGAUUUCCUCGGUCAAACAAUCAUCGAGGUGAGGACACUGAGCGGGGAGAUGGAUGUGUGGUAUAACCUUGAGAAAAGGACGGACAAGAGCGCGGUUUCCGGCGCGAUCAGGCUGCACAUCAGUGUGGAGAUCAAAGGCGAGGAGAAGGUCGCUCCAUACCACGUGCAAUACACAUGCCUGCACGAGAACCUGUUUCACAGUUUGUGCGAGAAGAACGAUGGGGUGGUCGCGUUGCCCCAGGCGAAGGGUGAUGACGCCUGGAAGGUGUACUUCGAUCCACCAGGAGAAGAGCUCGUGGACGAGUUCGCGAUGAGAUACGGCAUCGAGAGCAUUUACCAAGCAAUGACACAUUUUCACUGCCUCUCCACAAAGUACCUGUGCCCAGGUGUGCCAGCGGUGAUGUCCACCCUGUUGGCGAACAUAAACGCGUACUAUGCCCAUACAAGCGCGAGUUCCGCUGUUUCGGCCAGUGAUAGAUUCGCCGCCAGCAAUUUUGGGAAAGAGAAGUUCGUGAAGUUACUGGAUCAGCUGCACAACUCCCUGCGAAUCGAUCUCUCGAUGUAUCGAAAUAACUUCCCCGCCUCGAGCCAGGAGAAGCUGAUGGAUCUGAAGAGCACGGUCGACCUUCUCACGAGUAUCACAUUCUUCCGUAUGAAAGUUUUGGAAUUGUCCAGCCCGCCGAGGGCGAGCACCGUGGUUAAGGAUUGCGUGAAGGCGUGUCUUCGAUCGACCUACCAGUUCCUGUUCGAGAAUUGCUACGACAUCUACAACAGGGAAUUCCAAGUGGAUCCGAACGAGGCGAAGAGGGACGCCGAGGAUCACGGCCCUCGUUUGGAAUCGUUGGAUUUCUGGCAUAAAUUGAUCGCGCUGAUCGUUUCGGUGAUCGAGGAGGAUAAAAACAGCUAUGCACCCGUCCUCAACCAAUUCCCCCAGGAAUUGAACAUCGGUCAAUUGUCGGCGGCCACUAUGUGGUCCUUGUUCGCGGUGGACAUGAAAUACGCGUUGGAGGAGCACGAGCAGCACAGAUUGUGCAAAUCUUCGGCCUACAUGAACCUCCAUUUCAAGGUCAAAUGGUUGCAUACCAAUUACGUGAAGGAUGUGCCGCCGUACAAAGGCGCUGUGCCUGAGUACCCUGCGUGGUUCGAGCCGUUUGUGAUGCAAUGGUUAAACGAGAACGAUGACGUCUCACUGGAAUAUCUCCAUGGUGCCUUCAACAGAGACAAGAAGGACGGAUUCCAAAAGAGCAGCGAACACGCGCUGUUCAGUGUCUCCGUCGUCGACGUCUUCACACAAUUAACCCAGUGUUUCGACGUGGUCUCCAAACUGGAGUGUCCAGAUCCGGAAAUCUGGAAGAGGUAUAUGAAGAGAUUUGCAAAGACCAUUGUGAAAGUAUUGGUUGCAUACGCGGAUAUCGUGAAGAAGGAAUUCCCAAGUCAUCUGAAGGAAGAAAGAAUCGCUUGCAUUCUCAUGAACAACAUUCAGCAAUUGAGAGUACAAUUAGAAAAGAUGUUCGAAUCGAUGGGUGGGGAGAAAUUAGAAGAGGAUGCGGCGAACAUUUUGAAAGAGCUUCAACAACAAUUGAAUGGAGCACUCGACGAUCUUGCUAUGCUCUUCGCAAAGAGUUUGGAACCAAGAAUAACAGCUUCCGUGAAAGAAUUAGGAGAUCUGUUGUUAGCUAUUAAAGGUAGUGGACAAGUGCAACCUGCUCAAAGAAACAACGUCGCUGUCGAAGCUGAUGAAGUAUUGCGUCCUCUCAUGGAUCUUCUCGAUGGAAGUCUGUCGUUGUACGCUGAAUCUUGUGAAAAGACUGUGCUCAAAAGGUUGCUGAAAGAAUUAUGGAAGAUCGUCAUGAGGAUUUUGGAGAAGACGGUGGUGUUACCACCUAUGUCAGACAAGAGUAUGAUGUUCAAGAAUCUAACAGAUAAUGCAAAGAAUUUAGCCGCGAAUGCUAAGAUAGAAGACAUGUCGAAAUUGUUUAAAAAUCACAUGGCCGGCAAACCGGAUGUGAAGAAUGCACUGAGCGGUGUAAUGGAUAUUUCGAAAGAAGUAGAAAAGAAUCUUUCACCGAAACAGUGUGCAGUCCUCGAGGUUGCCCUCGAUACCAUUAAACUGUAUUUCCACGCAGGUGGCAAUGGUUUGAAGAAGACAUUCUUAGAGAAAUCACCGGAAUUGCAAAGCUUGCGAUAUGCCUUGAGUCUGUAUACGCAAACAACAGACACACUCAUCAAGACUUUUGUCACAUCUCAGGUCAAUCAAGUGCCACUGAACAAUGCGUCAAAGCUACGUCAGCGUCAGCGUUCGAUGAGCAGCGAAAGAGGUGGCGACGAAGGGGAAGGAGCCGAGGGUAUGGAAAGCCUCGAGGAACCCCUUCGCCAGAGCAAGCCCUCUCUUCGUCGAGAGAGUCGACAAGUUCCAGAUACUGCUGGCACAGAGGAAAGCUCAGUUGGAGAAGUCAGUAUUCAAGUGGAUCUUUUCACGCAUCCUGGAACUGGCGAACAAAAAGUUACGGUCAAAGUUGUCGCUGCAAACGAUUUGAAGUGGCAACUAGCUACAGGAAUGUUCAGACCAUAUGUUGAAGUAAACUUGAUCGGACCUCAUCUAACUGGAAAGAAAAGGAAACAAUCAACAAAAUCAAAGACCAAUAAUUGGUCACCACAAUUCAAUGAAAGUUUCGACUUCAUGAUCGGCAAUGAGCAGCAGCAAUUGGACUUCUACGAAUUGCACAUCUGUUGCAAAGAUUAUUGCUUUGCCAGAGAAGACAGACUAGUCGGUGUAGCAGUAAUGCAGCUUAAGGAUAUAGUCGAAGAAGGUUCUUGCGCCUGUUGGUUGUCGCUUGGCAAACGAAUCCAGAUGGACGAGACCGGUUGGACAAUCCUGAGGAUUCUUUCACAGAGGAACAACGAUGAAAUUGCAAAGGAAUUCGUAAAACUGAAGAGUGACAUCAGGCAGGAGACACCUUUACCGAAUCCUACCUGAGACUCGAAGUCACAGCAUUAAAGCCACGACAGCGAAGCGAUGCGUCCUUCGAGUUUGGAAAGAGCUCGGAGGAGAAAAGGAAAGAAGGGGCAUUGUGCACAGGGGAAACUAUAGAACGUUCGGCCGUCGUUGUCGAGAAUGAAGUCUUUAAAAAACAAACCAAAAAAAUAAAAAGUAAAAAAAUAAGUGCGAGCAAUACCGCAACAUAUACGAAAACGAAACACAAAUAAAAAAAAAAAAAAAAAANACGAACAAGAAAAAAAGAUCACCGAUAAGGACAAUCGGCCGAAUCCUUUUCGGUUCUUAUGAUAACAUCGUCGGUCAGUGAGGGAACGAGAAAGCAUGUCACGCGACAUAUUUUCUUCUUGCUUCCUUCGCAGCCAGCUUCCGGUCGAGCGUGUUCUUCUGUCUUUUUUUACGAAUCACAGAGCUUUAGCCCCGUCCCCUAUAUAAACCAAAUAAACAAAAAGAAAAAAAAAAAACAACAACAAAACCAAAAUAAAGAAAACAAGAAGGAAGGGUUUCGAGUAAACAUAUUUAAAAUGUGCCCCGAAUCGAAACGUUCGUCCAAUGGAAGUCAAACAAGGGAGAAAAGAAAAAAUGGAAGGGUGAUUCCUCCCACUCUUUCGAAACAAACGAUAGAAAAAUAGAAUAACGUCCAAGACGGCGAACUUUUUGUUCAAAUAAGUGCCGUAAAGAUGGAGGAUACGAAACCUCAGGUAUUGGAGAGUGUUUUGAAUAGACGCGAUAUGUGAAAACAGUGCUGCCAGUAUGCAAUAUAUUUGGUAAAUAUUCGUAACAUAAGAAAAGGAGAAUGAAGUUGAAAUAGUCGUAAAAUGUAUCCAGCGCGAUUAGACCUCGACCUGUAUGGAUUCACAAAAGAAGAGGAAGCAGCUUAACUGUGAAUAGUAAAGAAGAAGAAAAUAAAAGAACGAUCGAAUCGGGGUCCGUGAACAUAAGCAUGUUGCAAAUAUAAAACGCGAAUCAAACAUGUUUUUAAAAUUGAAAAGCGAAUCGUGUUGCAACGAGGAGAUGUAAUACUAUAAAUAUAUAGACCCUUGUGAGAGACGACGUUUUAGGCCGUUUGUUUGAGAAGACGAGUUUUCUUGUAGAUAUGUGAAACACAUUGUUGACGAAAAAAGUUUUUUCUAAAUAACAGUUUAACGUAGCAUUGCGUACGACCAAUAGGCACAUCACGACGUUACUCGAGAUGUGCCGUUAGUAAUAAAUAGGCAUUGUAAUGUAAAGUACGUUCUUAUUGUAAGAAUUAACAAGAGAUCGUAUGAGUCUGAUUAUUGUUGGUGAACAAAUACGAGGUCCGCUCGAAGACUUCGAGCAUUCUUCGUGAAUCACCUUUGGUCUCGCUUCGAAGAUCUUCGAAAUGAUAUAUAGAUGUUUACUUAUACAAGAAAUUGAUAUUCCGUUCCAUUGAAAAAGGUAAAUAAAAAAAAAGAAAAAGAAAAAAAAAAGAAAAAGUAAUAAGAAGAAAGAAGGAAAGAAGUAGAACUUUCGUCCGCCUUAGAUUUUCCUUCAGUGUAUAAUAUUGUGAAAUAGAGAAUCCGGUCUUUGAUCUAUUAUAACCAGAAAAUACUAUUUCUAUGAAUCGACAGCCUAACUUUUUCGAAAUUAAACUUUAUAUCGUGGUAGUUGUAUGGUAACUUAAAUAAUCAUCUAACUUCGACUCUUUUUCCUCUUGACGAUCAUUGCUUUUUGUGUGAGCGAACAAAAUAUGUAAACAGCAAGAUGGAACGCAAGCUUUGAAGAAAAAAAAAUGGACAUUAAUACUUCUCUCUCUAUUCGCUUAAAAUAUCUCAUCGAUAUUACUCUUGUAAAUAAAUCAAAUAUUGUCCAUUCAUAGAAAUGGUUCGUUACAAAGAUUGAAAUCCGCAAUUCUCUGAUAUAAGACUUCCCCCACUAUAUAAAAAAAAGAAAAGGAAAAUCGAGAAAAUUAAGGGUGGACGCGUUAAACAAUCCCUCAAUCUGCUACAAAAACAAAAACGGCCCUCGCGGAAGACACUAAUGUUCUUCAUUUCGCAUCUAACGUCGUUCGAAAAUUUUGAAGAUACUUGUUUAAGAAUACAUAUUGCAAUUCUUGCACGAAGCUUCGAUCGGAUCUCCCGAGAAAUUUGCAAAUGAAAUAAAAAAAAAAAUAAAGAAAAGGGAAAAACAAUGAAAAAAAGCAGAAAAAAUAAACGAAAGAUGAAGAAACUAAUAAUAACACAAAAAAAAAGAUGCACGCGACUUUGAAACUAAAUAAAUUUCAUUCUCCGGCCUUCGCAGGUCAACCAGAUAUACAAUUCCAGAGAUUACAAUGAUUAUAUCCACAAAAAAAGUUUCUACUACGUAGUACGUCUAGAUAUACUUACGUAUUGUGUAUAGUAUCUAAAUGCUGAUGUAGUUGCGAGCGCGGGAUACUCGUCUGGAGAGAGAGCCAUCCAAAAAAUGAGGAACAUUCGGCUAUAUUUACAAUUACCAUAUCCGGAUGAUGCAUGCCGUCUAUACGCGGCACGAAUCAAGCACAGAAUUUCUGCAUAGGAUUUCGUUUAAUAUUGUGCAUAUAAGCGCAUAUCUUUCUGAAAUUACUUCUUACCAUGUAAUUUUGCGACAAAAAUCAUAUAUCUCACAAUUGAAUACAAAAAAAAAAGAAAAAAUAACAAUGAAUUAAUCAUUCAUAAAUCAAUAUCUUUAAAUCUCAUUACAAAAUAUUGUAGAACAGAAUAGAGAAAAUUUACAUUAUAAUUUAAACGUAUUUUGUUUUUGUAAACAUCAGAUUUAGCGCGUUAUUCGUUAACGUGAUUAAAAUGCAUAAAUUUAAACGGAUUUGUAUACCGGUUUCGAUUAAAAUACUUUCGACGAAACGUUCCUCACGUAUUAAACGCAUUGCAACUCAUUUUUUUUUUUUUUUUUUUUUUUAAUGUUCGCGUUGCUUCGAUCUAGUGUGCCUUCGACCGAAGAAAAACGAACGUAGCGAAAAAAAGAUUUCGAAUUUGAAACCACACUUAUCGAACACAGACAAAAACGACAUGGUAUCAGCGAAAUACGCAUAUAGAAAAUAUAGAAAAAUACAAAUGAAAAAGAAAAAGGGAAAAAUUAGAAUUGAAAAAGAGAAACACGAAUCCGCGAUCUCGCCACCAUCUUCAUUUGUAAAAGUGUCUAUUUUCUCCGCUGCCUAAGUACAUACUAAUUAAUGAAAAAAGGUUGGCGAAUUCGGCAACCAGGCCAAGUCCGUCGACGAAACGGGAACAAUCUUUUGUGUGUUUCUUUAUGCUAAAAAGUUUUGGGGUCGCUCGGCGAUUGCGCUUCGUGGACGGGAUUGACCGCCAAUUUUUCCUCCUAUUCUCCGCUUCGAUUAAUAUCUCGUAAGCUUAAUGAAAAAAAAAUAUCUCGUGUAUUCUGUGAUAAUUACUACCCUUAAAGUACAUAUACACACGUAUACACUUGCACAUACAUAUUUCACGUAACCUAUAAACAUUUAUACAUAUAAUAAUAAAAAAACAGACACACGGUAUAACCUAACAAUCAGAACUGCUAAGUUGGUACACGGAUAGAAUACAAGUCUAUCUAUUAGUUAUUUAUUGGUUAAUUUGUAAAUUGUAAGAUGGAUCAAUUGUACUGUAUUGAACAAUUUAUAUUGUUAUUUAGCUAUUAAUUAUUUCUAAUAGAUUCAAACAAUCAUAAAGAUAAGCAUGCGUAAUGAUCGAAAAUUUAUCACAAAUAAGAAAUUAUUAUAAUAUUGAAAAAUUUGUUUUUUUUUUUAUGUUAUCCUAAAUGCCAACUUACCAACUCUAUAAACAAUUGAAUUGAAUAUGCAACAUAUAACACAAAACAGACAAACAUAUAUAGAAACAUAAUUGUACAUACACAAUAUACCGCGCGCAUAUACAUAUACACAUCAAGCACGUGAACACAGUUCCCAAUAGCAACAGUAUUUUUCUCUUUUAAAAGACAUUUCGAUUUCUAUUCUCUAUACUCGUUAAACGUCCGAAGAGUCUCAUUGGUAUGAUAGCGAAAGAUACCAUGGCAAUGUUGCAUAAAGAUUGUGAUGAAUUAUCACAAUAUCUAUGUAAUCGAUCGGUAAUAUAAGAAUGACACGAAUACGAUGAUAUUGAUACUGGGAACGCAAAAGUAAUCGUCGAAUAAUCAAUCAGGUAAGAGAGGAAUUUCGACGAGCAACGAGGGACAAGAAAUGACUAGGAAUUUUCACGUUACCGUUUAAUAGUGAUAUUUUUGUCUAAAUUCACGUGAACGAUAUGCGUGAAUGUUGCUUCUUAUAUAGUUUACAGUCAUAGGAAAACAAAAGAAAUCGUUGUCAUAACAUUUUGUCCUUUUCUUUAUUUUGUAUUGAUUGAUCUAAAAGAAAAAAUUGCACAAAAAUAUAUUAUUCAAAAAGAAAUGAUACAAAAGUGCUCUGCAAUGAUUCAAUUUGAAAUGAAUAAAAGUUUAACCCUGCUGGGACUCUCAAACGGAAUUCAGUUUUCAAGUGCUUUAUCUUGGAUUCUACUUAAGAUAUCGAUAUAAUUACGGUACUAAUACAUAAUUUAUAAAAUUGAUAUUAUUCUAGUAUUAUUAGAUUAUUAUAAUAACGAGAUGCAUGCUAUGAAUGUUUAGAAAUGAAUGUUUAAUAAUAGAUCUAGUCUUUAGUCUAUGAAUUUCAUUACUUUUAAUAACUUUGAAUUCGAAAAAAGAAAAAGAAUAUAAAAGAACAAUGAAAAAAAUAUAUAUAUAUAAAAUAGAAUGGUCCCUAAAGGGUUAAAAAAAAUAUUAAAAAAGAAGAGAAAUAAAAUGUAUUAUUAUCUUUAGAUAAUGAGAAUGCAUAUCCGUAAAUCAUUUUAAUAUAUCAUUAACAUUUAUAUAUUUUAAAUUUAUACAAUCGAAAAUAAAUGCGAAAAUCGAAAAAAUUUUUCUGUGAUUGAAUGUCUCGUUGCACGAAUCGAUUCAUUAUUCUUCUCAAAAAAAAUCGAAGAAAAAAGAAAAGAAAUAUGUAUAUAACGAAACAAGGUUAAGUGUUCGUAGUUCUUGUUCGACGAGAGCAUGUCAUCGCGAACUUUUGCGUUCAGUAGCUGACCAUGGACGCAGAACCAAAGAAAGGAAAUUAUUCGAAAACUAGACUUCAGAUUGCUAUAUUAUGAGAACAUUUAGCAGAAGAAACCAUUUAACAAAUGGAAAGGAAAAAAGAAAAAAAGAACAAAUAUAUACACAAUUGUUGACAAUACUAUGCUUGAGAAAUCAUACGACGCGUAUAUAAUUGUACUUAACAAAUAUAUUAAAAAAAAAAAAAAAAGAAAAAAAAUGGCAGAAUGUUUGUGUUUCGUAAAUAAAGCAUAUUAAGGAAUAAAUUUGUAAUCAUGUGACAAGAGAUGCAAAAAGAAAAUAAUAACGAAACGCGUAAUUCUGUGCGUACGUGCGGAUGACUGCAUGAUUAUUAGGUAUUAUAUCUCAACGAGUACAUUUUCAUCGUUCCCGUAAAGAAUACCAUUGUUGUUAUCAAAAUUUUUAACGCGAAACUAAGCGAAUGAAGAGGGAGAAGAAUUAUAUUAUACAACACACCGUUGCGCAGCCUCCGAAUAUACAUAGGUGAACCUAAAAGCAAUUGUAUCAGAGACAAACACGCACAUUCAACACAAAAAAAAAAAUACCAAACCCCAGAUCUUUAUUAAUAAACGUUUAUCUUUCGUUCGUUCACUUGCA